AUGGUUUUCACGGCACCGAAAAAGGUUUUGUCUGAUGAACGAAUCAAACAGGUGGGAGGCAUUCUACUGGAUACGAAUCAACCGUUAAAAGCUCGUUACCGAGCUUUGUACAUAUUACGGAAUAUUGGCUGUGAUUUAUCAGUUGACAUAUUAUCAAAAUGCUUUGAUGACGCUUCUGCUUUAUUUAAACAUGAAGUAGCCUAUUGCAUCGGCCAAACUGGUAAUAAGAAAGCCGUGCCUCUGCUGUGUUCCAUUUUAGAGAAUCGUAAACAAGGUUGUUUUAUAACUUUACAGUGGUUCAUGUCGUCGAUUUACAUGCGAUACGUUUUUAUGGUGGAGGAUUUAGAAAAUAUUGUGCGACAUGAAGCUGGCGAAGCUUUGGGCGCUAUUGGGGAUCCUGCAGCGCUUCCAACGUUAAGGAAGUACUUGGACGAUUCUAUUAAGGCUGUUUCUCAAACCUGUGAAUUGGCGAUAGCUCGGAUUAACUGGGCCGCAGAGAAGAGAAACAAAGGUGAAGAUUGUUUUGGUAGAAGUCCUUACGACUCUGUUGAUAUUGAAGAUCCAGCACCUGCGGCCACUGGAACAAAUGUAAAGGAGUUAGGCGAAAUACUUAUGGAUAGCAGAUUGAACUGUGAAGACAGUGCUCUUUUGCGCCAUGAAGUUGCAUAUGUUCUCGGUCAACUUCAGUCAAUCAUACCAAUUAAUGAAUUAAAAUGUCGAUUAGAAAAUUUGGAUGAAAAUCAUAUGGUUCGCCACGAAUGUGCUGAGGCGCUUGGGGCAAUAGCAUCUGAAGAAUGUGUUAAAAUACUAAGAAAUUUUGUUGGCGAUAAAGAGCCCGUAGUAAGGGAAAGUUGCAUAAUAGCUCUGGAUAUGGCUGACUAUGAGAACAGUGAACAGUUCCAGUAUGCUACUGCAGCAUCAGUACAGUAUUGUGUUCCCGGUUUGGGUAGCUAUCUAAUGCCGUACUAUGAACUAGCAACGAGAGUAAAAUUUGCUUCCAGUGGCAAUCUUUUUAUCUUUGUUAAGCAUACGUCUGUAGGACGAAAAUCCUGGCUUGUUUCAAUCAGGCAAUACAAACAUGCCAGUGUCGACCCAAGCAAACUGGCCCUGGAAGAUGUUGGAAGUCUGUAUACUGUAGCAAAAGAGCAUGUAAAGACCCUGAAGUUUGAAAAAUUUCUUCCAAAUCACUUCUAUAAACAAGUCGAAACCUUAGGAGAAUGUGCCUGGUUGUGCCGCAGACCGUUUUUAGAAGUUAAAAAUUGUUUAGAAGCCGUUAAUACUCAGCGACCAAAUUUGAGGAUUGUUUUAUGGGGAAAAUUUGGCACCGGAAAGACAAUAACUUUAUGUCAAAGCAUGCACAGUGCGCAUCUUCAGAAAUGGGUACUACUUCACAUCCAUAGCGUAAUGUUUUUCACUAGAAGAGUUGAGGAAAUACAGAUGUCGACUUAUCAUAAUGGACGAAUAAACACUCCUAUCCAGGCGGUUACUUUACUCGAAAGCUUCAAAGCAAACAAUUUGCCUUUGUGGGAGCAGCUUUCGGCAUUAAAAACAUCCAAAGAUUAUGAGUGGACAAAAGCAGAAAUUACCAAGAAGAAUCGUCCGAUAACCGAUAUUGUUGAAAUGGGGCUUUCAGCUCCGUUUGCUGCUUCUGACUGCUUCGGAGCUCUUUUAAAAGAACUCAAAAUGCACAGUUCAGCUGGCGCCAUAAAACUCUUGGUUACUAUUGAUAAGGCAAACUCUUUAUACGGUAAAACGACGAUAAAACGGGCAGAUCGUACUUUUGCGUCUGCAGGUGACAUAACCCUUAUUCACCAUUUGCGGAAGCUCCUUAAAAACGAUUGGAACAACGGGGCUUGUGUAAUGGUAGCAGAUAAAAGCGAGUACAGCAAUCCGAGAGAUAUGGAGACUAUACCCUUGAAUACCCCGUUGGAACUGUUUGGCGAAGAAGGAUUCGAAGCUAUAGAUCCUUUUGUACCGGUAGAAGUCCCUAAUUACUCAGAAGAAGAGGCUUGUAACUUGUACGAUUACUAUAAGGAGAAGAUGUGGAUAGCAACAGAAGCAGGUCAUGAUUCAUAA